CAAGGACGCCGCGGUAAUAUUCACGCAGUUACUCCUGUGAAUGAAACACUAAUUUAGAAAUACCAUCAUUAACAUAAUCUAGACGAUAUGAUUCCUUCACCAGUGUCUCGAUAUAUAACCUGAGAAACAAAGUGAGGUUGUUGGUGAUGAAAUAACAAGGUUGGCGGAGGCUGGCAAUGAGAUAUACCAGGUGAUGCGGACAGGUGACGUGACGAGGCCCCUCAGUGUGAAGACCAUGGGAUGCAGGAGGAGCCUUGAGCUGGCCACCGCGUCCUUGUGUACUUAGUUAAGGUACUAUUAAGGGUGUCAGAGACGAACGUGUCUUUAAUGAAUGAGUGACGUGGAAACUAGACAAGACUGCAAGAAAUAUACAGAAAAAAAAAGUCAACUCUGACAUCCACAAACUUCAUCUCAGCCAGUGAUAUUUUAGCUGUGGACUUGUAAACACACACGCAUCUUUAUUUGACCAAGAUCCACACUGUGCAUCUUCCAAAUGCGGACUGAGUGAAGACUGCACGAUGAAGACUGUAGCGGUGAAGAUCGUCAUUCUGGGCUCGCAAGGUGUGGGCAAGACUUCUCUAGUGACGCGGUACGAGACUAAAAGCUUUCAGAAGAACACCAGCUCCACCAUAGGGGCCUCCUUCAGCAACGUGGAAGCAAUCAUUGAUGACGUCAAGGUCAAGAUGCAGGUAUGGGACACAGCGGGCCAGGAGAGGUUCCGGUCCAUGGCCCCGAUGUACUACCGAGGUGCCAACGCCGCCCUGCUCGUGUUUGACCUGACCAAGUACGACACCUUCACUGACGUCAAGGCGUGGGCUCACGAGUUAACGCACAGGGUGGAGGGCGAGCUGAUGCUGGUGGUGGUGGGGAACAAGAUGGACCUGGCGGAGCAGCGGGUGGUGCCGGCAGCCACCGCCAGGAACUACGCUGACUCCAUUGGGGCACCCUUCUUUGAGACCUCGGCCCUGGACAACACAGGCGUGCAGGAGAUGUUCCAGGAGGUGGCGGCCAGUAUGGUGCAGCAGGCAGAGACAAACACUAACCCGAACCUCAGAGUGUACUCCAAUGAACAGGGUAAGAACCGCCGAGGCUCCAUCCUGCAGCUGGGCGAAGAUGGCGGGGAGCGGGCGAGGGGCGGGGGCUGCUGCUGAGACGCUGAGGUGCUACUAGAGAGGCACUGAAGCACACGCCUAGCUGCGCGGGCCAUGAUUCACGCUGUGAUACACUCUUGCCACACGACGAUUGCAAGACUGACAUUCUUACUGUUAUUGUUGCUGUUGUUGCUGCGCCUGGACGCUCUCCUGUCCUAAAGUGCUCUCAUUACUCGUUGUUGUUGUCUUGAUUGUUACCCUCACUCUGUUGUUUCUAGAUUGUGUGAUGUUACAAAUUCCACUACUACCACCAUCAAUACUACUACUAUUACUACUACUACUACUACUACUACUACUACUACUACUACUACUACUACUAUUUUGAUAUACUCCGGCUAGAGGCUGUCAUGCAUGCAGCUCUGGGACAAGCUAAAUCAGUCAACAUUUCAUAGUAAUUAGUUAUAUUUAUUGCUCAAUAAAAAAACCAUCAUACUUUGAA